AUGGCCGAGAGGGUGGCCGUCGUGGUGGGAGGGAGCGUGGCGGGCCUGGCCUGCGCGCACGCGGCGGCGGGGGCGGGGUGGAAGGCGGUGGUGCUGGAGAAGGCGGCGGGGCCGGCGGCCGGAGGCGGCACGGGCGCCGGGCUGGGCCUGGAUGCGCAGUCUAUGGAGACGCUCGCUCGCUGGAUCCCCGGGUGGGGUCUCAACGCGACCACGCUGCCGCUCACCGUCGACCUGAACAGAGCAACGGACAGCGAGACGAAGGCGGCGCGGACUCUGACGAGGGACGAGGGCUUCAACUUCCGCGCGGCGCACUGGGGCGAGCUGCACCGGCGGCUUCACGCGGCUCUGCCGCCCGCGGUGACCGUGCUCUGGGGCCACCAGUUCCUCUCGUUCGAGGCGUCUGACGGCGACGAUGAUGGCAAACGUGGGGUCGUCGCGACGGCUCGCGUGCUCGCAACUGGCGAAACCGUGGAGGUCGCCGGGGAUUUGCUUGUCGCGGCAGAUGGCAGCACGUCGUCGAUCCGCCGGCGAUUCCUCCCUGACCUCAAACUGAGGUACUCCGGGUACUGCGCAUGGCGGGGCGUGUUCGAUUUCACGGGAAAGGAGAGCUCCGACAUCGUCACCGGCAUCCGGAGAGAGUACCCGGAGCUCGGCAGCUGCCUCUACUUCGAUCUGGCUGACAAGACGCACGCCGUGCUCUACGAGUUGCCCGGGAACAGGCUCAACUGGCUCUGGUACAUGAACGGUCCAGAGCCAGAGCUCACGGGGAGCUCGGUGACGAUGAAGGUGAGCGAGGCCACGCUGGCGGGGAUGCAGGACGAGGCCGACCGCGUGUGGUCGCCGGAGCUGGCGCGCCUGGUCCGGGAGACGGCGGAGCCGUUCGUGAACGUGAUCUACGACGCGGACCCGCUGCCGCGGCUGUCGUGGGCGGGCGGCCGCGUGGCGCUCGUCGGCGACGCGGCGCACCCGACCACGCCGCACGGGCUGCGGAGCACCAACAUGUCCGUCCACGACGCCCGCGUGCUCGGGGAGUGCCUCGGGAGGUGGGGGGAGACAGCGUCGGCGCCGGCGCCGCGCGCGCUGGCCGAGUACGAGGCGGCGCGGCUGCCGGUCGUGGCGGCGCAGGUGCUGCACGCCCGCAGGCUCGGGCGGCUCAAGCAGGGCCUGCCGGUGGAGGACGGGCGUUUCGACGUGAGGGCGGCGACGGAGGAGGAGGCUUUGCAGCUGCGGCAGAGAGGCAUGCCGUAUUUUGGUGGCGCGCCAUCCGUUGCUGAUGGUUGUUAGUGUCACUUCCGAUCUGUCAGUAAAUGCCAGUAUAGUGUUUCAACUAUUACUGCAUUACACAUUGUUUUCAAAUAAAUAUGUUUUGCCAAUAUUAUGAAUAUCUGGUCAGAUUUCAACUGAAUUCAAAUAAUAUCUCCGGGCAUUUGAC